GAUAAUAACAUUGACUAUCUAGCAUAUUGUACAGAAAGAAGUCAUGCGAGCUUAGUCGCCAACAAUACGUUGAACCGGUUGCAGCAGCGCAUUUAAUUAAAACAAUUGCAUUUUUAUAAAUAAAUAUAAACUAAGCAAUAUGGCAACAGACAGCAAACUCAAACGCGUGCUCUCCAUUCAGAGUCAUGUGGUGCAUGGAUAUGUCGGCAACAAGGUCGCCACAUUUCCAUUACAGCUACUUGGAUUCGAUGUAGAUCCCCUGAAUUCCGUACAGUUCUCCAACCACACGGGCUAUCCAUGUUUCAAAGGGCCCGUUUCGAAUGAAAAAGAGCUGGCAACCAUUUUUGGUGCCCUCGAGGACAAUAGUAUCUUGCCACACUACAGCCAUUUGCUGACCGGAUAUAUUGGAAAUGCACUCUUUUUGCGUCAGUGUGCCGUGAUAGUGAAAAAGUUACGUGCGGCGAAUCCGAAUCUGAUCUAUGUUUGCGAUCCAGUCAUGGGUGACAAUGGCAGCUUGUAUGUGCCCAAAGAGUUACUGCCCAUAUAUCGUGAUGAAAUUAUACCAUUGGCCGAUAUCAUAACGCCCAACCAAUACGAAGUGGAGCUGAUUACCGAAAGGCAAGUGAAAACCGAGGCAGAUGUAUGGAGUGCUAUGGAUUGGUUUCAUAGUCGCAACAUAAACACGGUGGUCAUAUCUAGCUCCGAUAUUGGUCAACCGGGUAUACUGCGCGCAUUCCUGAGCCAAAAGAACGGGCCACGCUCAGCCAUCGAUAUACCCAAGCAGGGUGGCAAAGAUCUAAUAUUCACUGGCACUGGCGAUCUAUUUGCAUCGUUAUUCCUUGCCCAUAGCUACAAAAAUGACAAUAUCAUAGAUGCCUUUGAGAAAACAAUAGCAACACUCCAGGCCGUCAUUAAACAUACAGUAAGUGCCCUUCCAAAAGAGGGCGCAGCUGCGAGUGCAUUCGAUCGCGAAUUGAAACUAAUACAAAGCAAGAGGGACAUCGAGGUGCCCGUAGUGGUGCUUAAAGCGCAGCGCCUUAAUUGAACAAAACUUAUUCAUAUAACUGUAUCAGAUCAGACAAUAACAGUUUCAUAUAAAUUGUACCUUAAAGCAAAUAUACAUACAUUUAUACAAUCAGCA